AUGUUAAUCAAUUUUCUAUUGUAGUUAUUCAAAUUCGAGAUGUUUUUUUUGGGUAUGUAUACAUGUUUUUUUUAUAAAGGAGUAGCCAAGUCAAAGCGUUAACAUAUUAUUCAUAGUGACUUAAUGCAGCAAUGAGCUAAGGCAAUAGUUUAGACUUUAAAGGUAGGAGGAACUUGUAAAUAUUGUAAGAGAAAAAGAGAUUUCAUAUGAAGGUUCCGAUUUGACGUUUCGAAAAGUAAAACGCGUUUUUAAAAGGCAAAAUGUUUAUCUGUAAACACAUGACCUGCAGUGACCUUUUAUUAUAUAUAGAUGAUAAUUAUAUAUGUAAACACAUGAUCACACACAAAGAAUCUCGAUCGUUGCUCCAUCAAUAAAACGUUCCACCGAAAUAACAGUUUCUUUAGCUUCUUUGAUUCUCGGAUAGACAUACCAAAAAACACUGAUGAGACCGAAAUCAGACACAGUUCAUGUCUUCAACCUUACGUUCCUCUGUUUCAUUGCCCUGUUUUUUUCUUCCGCCCUCGGUCAGGGAAAGAUUCGGCGAUUCAAAUGGGAAGUGAAGUACGAGUUCAAGUCACCGGAUUGUGUCCAGAAGCUAGUAAUCACAAUCAAUGGUAAGUUUCCAGGUCCCACCAUUAAAGCUCAACAAGGUGACACUAUUGUUGUUGAGCUCAAGAACAGUUUCAUGACUGAAAACGUCGCUGUCCAUUGGCAUGGAAUCCGACAGAUUGGGACUCCAUGGUUCGACGGUGUAGAAGGUGUUACUCAGUGUCCAAUUCUUCCUGGAGAAGUCUUCACUUACCAAUUUGUCGUUGAUAGGCCUGGUACAUACAUGUAUCAUUCACACUAUGGGAUGCAGAGAGAAUCUGGAUUAAUCGGAAUGAUUCGAGUUUCUCCUCCGGUCACAGAGCCCGAACCGUUUUCGUACGACUAUGACCGCAACGUUUUGUUAACCGAUUGGUAUCACAAAAGCAUGUUGGAGAGCGCCACCGGUUUAGCAUCUAGACCCUUCAAGUGGGUUGGUGAGCCAGAGUCGCUUCUAAUACAAGGAAGAGGAAGAUUCAACUGCUCAAACGACCCAGGCUUACUCUCUAGAGCCUGUAACGCCUCAAACGCUGAUUGUUCCCGUUUUGUCCUUACGGUAAUCCCCGGGAAGACAUACCGGCUUCGACUCGGUAGUUUAACUGCUCUAUCAGCCCUCAAUUUCCAAAUCGAGGGGCAUAACUUGACGGUGGUUGAAACUGAUGGACACUACGUAGAACCAUUUACGGUGAAGAAUCUCUUCAUAUACUCCGGCGAAACUUAUUCCGUACUUAUCAAGGCUGAUCAAAACCCUAGUCGAAACUAUUGGAUCACCACAAGCAUAGUCAGCCGUCCGGCGAACACUUCACAAGCAACCGCGGUGCUCAACUACUACCCAAACCACCCACGACGGCGUCCUCCCACGCCGGAAUCCUCAAAUCUCCAGCCGAAAUGGAACGACACGCGCCCCCGCCUUGCACAAAGCCUAGCGAUCAAGGCGCGUCGAGGAUUCGUUCACACGCCGCCUGAGAACUCUGACAGAGUCAUCGUACUUCUCAAUACACAAAACGAAGUCAACGGAUACAGACGUUGGUCGGUCAACAACGUUUCCUACCUCCACCCUAAAACGCCGUACCUAAUCGCGUUAAAGCAGAACCUCACUGACGCGUUCGACUGGGGUUUCACACCGCCGGAGAAUUACGAUUCUGGUAACUACGACAUAUUCGCGACACCUCAAAACGUUAACGCGAAAACGAGCGACGGGAUCUACCGGUUGAGAUUCAAUACAACGGUGGACGUGAUAUUACAAAACGCGAAUACAAUGAACGCAAAGAACAGCGAAACGCACCCGUGGCAUUUACACGGUCACGAUUUUUGGGUGGUUGGGCAGGGAGAAGGGAAGUUCAACGAGUCGGAGGAUCCGAAAAGGUAUAACCGGGUCGACCCGAUAAUGAAAAACACGGUAGCGGUACACCCGUUUGGAUGGACGGCGUUGCGUUUCAGAGCGGAUAAUCCAGGCGUUUGGUCGUUUCACUGCCACAUUGAGUCGCAUUUUUUCAUGGGAAUGGGGAUUGUGUUCGAGUCUGGGAUCGAUAGAGUUUCUUCUAAUUUACCUUCUUCGAUAAUGGGAUGCGGUCAGACAAAACGGUGAUUUGUAUAUAUAGUUCAUAUACAACACAUUCAUUGUUUAAUCAUUGAACAUUUGAUUUGAUGUAUAGAUAGAUUUUGGAAAGAAAGAUAUAAACACUUUUGAUAUAA